AUGUCUGUUCUUUUCACAAACAUUUCAGACAAUAACCCGGUCAAGCCCGGCGAUGCUGAAGCACUUGUUGAACCCCUGGGCUUAACGAUCGAUACUGUUGAAUCAGGUGAUUUCCGUACCCUGUUAGCUGCUGUACAUGAUUGUGCCGAAACUGUGUCUGCUCUGCCAGAUUAUCAGCCGGUCUCGAACCAAAUUCAAUAUCCAAGGGAAAAUAUACGUCGCCCGGGCAAAGAUGAGCAGGUUCUUGGACAUGCAUGGGCUCAUCGAUUUCUCAUCCGCGGAAAUCCAGAAGGAGGCAUCUUGAAAGGAAGGUCUGUGAGUCUUAAGGAUGUUAUAGCAGUAGCUGGUGUUCCACAAUUGUUGGGAAGUGAUAUCACCCCAUCAUGGACCCCUACUACCGAUGCUACCGUCGUCACACGAAUUUUGGAUGCUGGCGCAAAUAUUCUUGGAACUUCAACUUGCGAGAAUUAUUGUCAUUCAACGUCUUCAUAUACAAGCGCUCAAGGCAUCGUGGAGAAUCCUCAUGCUACUGGAUACUCGGCAGGUGGAAGCACAUCGGGGGGAGCGGCACUAGUUGCUGCUAACUUGGUCGAUAUUACGAUCGGGGGUGAUCAGGGUGGAAGUAUCCGAGUACCGGCUUCGUUGUGCGGGUGUGUUGGUCUUAAGCCAACGUAUGGGCGAGUUCCAUUCACUGGGAUUUCAAGUGGUGAUUCCAUCAAUGAUCAUACAGGGCCAUUGGCCAGGACCACUCUAGAGGUAGCACAGUGCUUGGAUGUGAUAAGUGGCUAUGAUGGGAUUGAUGAUAGAUCAGUUGGCAGCGCAAAACCAGGUUCGACGCGCUUUGCGGCGAAUCUUCAAGCUUGUGCACAACGACUGGAUGGUCUCAAAAUUGCGAUCCUCAAGGAAGGUUUCGAGCAUAGUGCCGUUAGCUUCAGUGUCAGAAGUUCUGUCUUGGCAGCUGCAAAGAAAUUUGAAGAUCUUGGAGCGACAGUAGAAGAAGUAUCUUUACCCGACCAUUUGCAUGGACCGGCUAUCUGGACCAUCCAGCAGCGGAUAGCUGGAACACAGACUCUCCUGGGACAAAAUACCGGACGACGAGGGCUUUAUAUGACAGAGAUGGAGCAUGCAAGAUUACCGUGGACUGACGACGGUUUCCAGCGGGCUUUCCCAUCAACCAAGAAUGUCAUUAUCAACGGGCUAUACCUCAUGAAAAAGUUUCCCGGUCUUUAUGGCAAAACCGUCAAUUUCGGAAGACAGCUAGCUGACAAGUAUGAAUCAUUGUUUGAAAACUAUGAUGUGAUGGUGAUGCCCACGACCCCUGUUGUUGCUCCUAAGCAUGGCAAACGGGGUCUUCCUAUGGACUCCCUUCAGCCCAGUAUGGGCUUAACCAUCAACACUGCCAUCUUUAAUGUUACAGGACACCCUGCGAUGUCUAUACCUAUUGGACUUGCGCCCGCCAAGGAAGAUAAAGAGAUCAUGCUUCCAAUCGGUAUGCAGGUUGUGGGAGGACUAUGGCAAGAAGAAAAGAUAUUGAGGGCUUGCCACGCAUGGGAGACACAUUUUGACUGGCACAAAAUGCAAUUUGCUACAAGCAAUAAUUAG